AUGAAGGCUGUCCUCGCGGUCUUGAUGGGAGGGGCAGCUCUGGCAAUUGCCCAGAUAGCUACUGUAUCUGAGCCCUCUGUUGCGGAAAUUCACGCGGCUGCUGCCACCACUAAGCCUGAGGUCACCGUCUCUGAUGUCAAGGGUCUGGUGUUUGAUCGUUUCUAUCAAGUCUGGCUGGAGAACAUUAACUUUGAGGACUCUGCCGCGGAUACCAAUAUGCAGUGGUUAGCCUCUCAGGGUAUCUUGCUGACCAACUUCUAUGCUGUCACUCAUCCUUCUGAGCCCAACUACUGUGCUGCUGCUGGAGGUGACACCUUCGGCAUGGAUAAUGACGACUUCAAGCAAAUCCCUGAGAACAUUUCUUCUAUCGCUGAUCUGCUUGACACGAAGAGCAUUUCGUGGGCCGAGUAUCAGGAGCACAUUCCUUAUGCCGGCUUCCAAGGCUUCAACUACUCGAACCAAGCCACCUAUCAUCCUGACUAUGUUCGGAAGCACAACCCAAUGGUGCUUUACAACUCAGUGGUGGCUAACAGCAGUCGCGCACGCUCCAUCAAGAGUUUCGAUGACUUCGAAAAUGACCUUCGAGACAAGAAGCUUCCUCAGUGGGCAUUCAUCACUCCUAAUAUGACAAACGAUGCGCAUGAUACCAACAUCACCUUCGGGGCCAAAUGGGAGCGUCCAUGGGUAGCCAACUUGCUUAAGAACGACUAUUUCUUCAAUGAUACCCUUCUCCUUCUGACGUUUGAUGAGGACUCGACCUACGCCAAGGACAACCGUGUAUUCAGCGUUCUUGUUGGUGGUGCUGUUCCAGAACACCUCAGGGGCACCAAGGAUGACACCUUUUAUACCCACUACUCCAGCAUUGCUAGUGUCUCUGCCAACUGGGGCCUCCCUUCUCUGGGUCGCUGGGAUUGCGGUGCCAACAUCUUCGAGCUUGUUGCCAACAAGACCGGUUACAUAAACUACGAGGUUGACAAGACUCAUCUGACUCUGAAUCAGACCUAUCCUGGACCCAUGUCAGAUGGCGAUAAGACCACUGGAAAUACCUCCAAGUUCGUCCCCGAAUGGCCGAUCCCCAUCACCGACAGCAAGGAGAAAUGUUCCGGUGGCCACGGUAUCCUGGAUAUCGUCAAGAAAACAUAUGGGAACCAGACCGCGUCAUACGACACUAAGCCGUAUCCCUGGGACGCGAAGACUCACUACAACGAGAAGGUCACUGCCAAGCGGACCAACGAGACCAAAACCAACUCCACGAAGGCGGCAACCACUCACAAAGGCACCGGCAUUACUGCCACUGUUCCAGUCCCUACUGUCAUGCUCGGAGUCUUACUCGCCUUUGCCACUUUCCUCCUUUAA